AUGCAACAUCUCUCUCUUUCUCUUUAUCUAUCUAUCUAUCUAUCUAUCUAUCUAUGUGCAUAUGCAGGCCUUAUAUUUUCUGCUUGCUUCUUUUGCUUUGUUUCCUCACCUCACUCCACUUUAGAGUCACCGCUGUUUCGUUAUUUUACACUUUACCAUUGUUUCAUUAUUUCAAUAUCUUUUUGCAUGCAUUCCCUCUAUCUAUCUAUCCAUCUAUCUAUCUUUUUCUUUUAUGUUGUUUUUUUCCUUUUUGCAUCUCAUUUUCAUUCAAUUCUCUUUUUUCACUCUUUUUUGUCGUCCUUUUUAUUUCUUUUCGUAUUUUCGAUGUUAAAGUCAACCCCGACAAAUAUUUCCUUCCAUUUUUUUUCAUAUAUCAUCCUUCCUUUUUCUAUCGAAUAUAAUUAUUUCUUUUCCAUUCGAAUAAUAUCGUUGCAUUUUCUCCUGAAUAUUAAUGGUACUUUUCCUUCCUUUCUUUCGAAUAGUACACUUCCUUUUCCUUUCUAA